AUGGAACAUCUGCACUUCCUGCUACUGGUUUUUACCAUAUUCCAGACUCGUCUUUACUUGGGUAUGAGCAAGAUGGGAUGUCUGGAAGGCGCCAGAGCAGACAAAGAAGCCUUGCUAUCUUUCAAAUUCCAAGUCACUGUCCCUCAAAAUGCACUCUCAGGGUGGACGAGAAAUUCCUCUCACUGUACUUGGUAUGGUGUUUCUUGCAGCAGUAAAGGAUCCCGAGUACAAUCCCUCCACCUUAGUUGGCUUGGCCUUGGCGGCACCUUAGGCCCUCAGCUCUCAAACUUCACUUUCCUCCACACACUUAACCUUUCCCACAACCUAUUUCACGGCCAAAUUCAGUUGGAGUUUAGUAGGCUUCAACUUCUGCAGCAAAUUGACCUGAAGAAUAAUUUCAUUAAUGGAACUAUUCCAGCUAUUCUUUCUACUUGCCAUAACCUUGAAACACUUCGACUAGAAGAAAACAGAUUUAGUGGUAAGCUUCCACCUGAGUUGGGCAGUCUGCAAAAACUCAAAACUCUCUCUGUCUCUAUCAAUAAUCUCACUGGUUCAAUCCCUCGUACAUUUGGAAAUCUUUCCUCUUUAACGUCACUUAAUCUUGCAAGAAACCAGAGUCUUGCGGAAAUUCCAAGUGAGUUGGGUUGCCUUCGCAACCUUCAAUAUUUUCAGCUCUCUGGGAACCAUCUCACUGGCGAAAUCCCUUCUUCUGUUUACAACGUUUCAUCUCUAUUCUUCUUAUCUGUGACCCAAAAUAACCUUGGAGGAAAAUUACCAAAUGAUAUUGUUCAAGCUCCUCCAAAUCUCAGGCAACUCUAUUUGGCGCAGAACAGUUUUGAAGGAAUUGUACCUGGUUCUAUCUCUAAUGCUUCAGGCAUUGAAUAUCUUGACCUCUCAAUGAACAGAUUUCAUGGGCCGGUUCCUCUGUUUGGCAACAUGAAGAAACUUAUCUGGUUGAAUCUUGGUUCAAAUUUUCUCUCUUCAACUACAGCCCUGAAUUUUCAGCUGAUUGAUUAUCUCACAAGCUGUAAGCAGCUAGAAAUUUUCAUGCUUUUUUUCCAACCAGCUUGUUGGUGA